AUCUAAUUGGGGAAUCAUAUUUAUUUCUUUGUUACAAAUGACUCUGGAGAUUAGAUUUGGAAAUUGAUAACUUAAUAUGGAUAGAACUGAUGUAGAAAUUAAUAAAUUCAGCAUCCUUAAGUUUAAUAAUUGAUGCACAUGAGUUUGAAAAUUAUUCAAAAAUAGAAAGAUUACUAAAUGUUAGAAGAAGGUGGUUGUUUAACAUAUAUUAGACUAAGUAAUAUAGAAAUUUGGAAAUAAUUGAUGAAUAUAGUUAAUAAUGAAAUUCAUAUACAAUAAAUAGAUCUCAAUUUAGUUAUUAUUGGGCUGCCAAGAAAGCAGGUAAUUAGGCUAAAAAGGCCAUGCUUUUUAAUCUCUCAAAGAGGAAAGCCUACAUCAAUAAUUGUUAUUGAAUAGUUGGUAAUGGUUGAAUCAUAGGGGUAUUUGCAUUGGCUUACUAAAGUGGUGGAUCUAAUUUAGAUAAUAAUUUAGAAACAAUAAUCUCAUCUGAAUCAAGGGUUUACAUCUAAUAUUGUUAUAUGAUAAAAAGUUUACAUGAUUUCUUCUGUAGGAAUUAAUCAGAGAAUUGUAAGCGUUUUUCACUUAGUUUUCAGUUCUUCCUUUUAUUUAUUUAGAAAUAACAGACCACUUUUUUCCUUGCUUUUAAACUAAUAGUAGCAGUUGAAUUUAUUCUGAUUCACUCCAUGGAAAUUUGUUUAGCUCUGGGUCCAAAUAAUUAUUCCAUCGUUCCCUUACUUAUUUUGCAUGUCUCAUAAUUGGACUGAAACGGUUAUACUCUAAAGCAACAUGUGUCCAAGAAAUAAAUUUUUGCGUCAUCACUUUUUUAAGAAGUUCAUCCUCUUCAAGA